AUGGAGAAAGUCUUUCGAUGCUUGCGUCUCGCAGUGGCUGUGGCUGUUUUUACAGAAAGCUUUGGUUCUUACGACGUUCUUCAUGAGGUGUGCAACGAUGCUCCGCCUAAGCCAGUUGAUUGCAGUGAGCCUACACUCAAGUUUACUUUCAACAUAUACCUGAAGCAAUGCCUACCCGCUUAUGUUUGUGGCCCAGCUGGCACUAAGAAUAUCUUCGACACUAAACAACAAUGCAAGCAAACCUGUCCGAUUGAUGAGUUCUGCACUAUGCCAAGACCAUACUCUUCGUGCAGCGCUGGCGCUACAAUAAUAACUACGUGGCAUCUGAGUCCCUUCACCGGGACAUGCAUUGCGGCCACCGGCUGCGCCUUUGCACUCGCCGAUUUUGAAACACAGAGGGAAUGCCAAGCGGCCUGCAGAAAACACACCGUGUGUUAUCAGAAAAGCAACGAAAGAAAACCCCUUGAAAGUGCGGGAAGCGUAUGGCAUUUCAGUCGUGAAGAGCAACGUUGCAUUAACACAACAUCUCUCGAAAAAAAUGGAAACAACUUCGAGAAUAAAAAAGAAUGCAUGGAAACCUGUCCUUACGGAGGGCACUUAGACGAAUGCAAACUCCCUAAAAAUGAAGGCCGCGACUGUCUGGGACAACGCAAGCAGCUUUUCUUCCGGUAUUACCACGAUACUAAAAGUGGCAUGUGCAGACUUUUCUUGUAUAAGGGUUGCGAGGGAAACGCAAAUAACUACUUAACAAGGCGUGGGUGUGAAGCAACUUGUCAGGUAUCAAGUAAGAGUCCUGAAUUCAAGUGCGCUAAAUACCAAAGAUGGCCAAACGAUCGCGAACACCAACUGAUGGAUAAAAUUGACGAAAUAUAUAAAUCACGAACAACUAAAUAUUUAUUAUGCGUCUGUGACAGGUACUUCCCAUUCGUUAUUUCCAAUCUAAAGCUUUAG